CCCUCUCUUAAUCACCCAAAAAUUAUAACAAAGACGUGCUCUCACAUCUCAUCUCACUCCCUCACCAGCUCACUCACUCUCUCUAUCUUCUUUUUAUAAAACAAAUCUCCCUCUCUAUCAUCAAUUAAUCAAAGGCGAUCAUAUAUGGCUCUCGACACUCUCAAUUCUCCGAACUCCACCACCACCGCUCCCUCUCCAUUCCUAACCGAGCCGGAGAAUCUUGAGCCGUGGACCAAAAGAAAACGCACAAAACGACACCGUAUAGAUGAUCAAUCCAAUCCUCCCUCCGAAGAAGAGUAUUUUGCUCUCUGCCUCCUCAUGCUUGCUCGUGGCUCCUCCGAUGAUGAUCAUCACUCUUCUCCUCCUCAUCCACCGUCUGAUCACCACCAUCGAGACUACAAGUGCUCAGUCUGUGGCAAAUCUUUCCCGUCUUACCAAGCGUUAGGUGGACACAAAACCAGUCACCGGAAACCGGUUAGUAAUAAUAAUAAUAAUAACCACGACGGUCAUAAUAACAGUGGUAACGGUUCCAUUACUAAUAACGGAAAUAUUAGUAACGGUUUGAUUGGUCAUAGUGGAAAGACUCAUAAGUGCUCCAUCUGUUUUAAGUCGUUUCCAUCUGGUCAAGCGUUGGGCGGUCACAAACGGUGUCAUUACGACGGUGGUAACGGUAAUAGCAAUAUUAACGGUAACGGUAGUAACAACCACGGGUUUGACCUGAACUUACCGGCCGAUCAAGUAUUUGAAGUUUCUUGCGAUGAUACACUUGGGAAAAGUCAGCUCUCCGGCGAAGAAACAAAGUCGCCGUUGUGAUUUUUUUAUUUUUAUUUUUACCGAUCAGCUAGCUAGUGAUCGAUCAUUAGCUGAUGAGUCUGUAAUGAAAAUGAUUGGAGUGGACUUUGGAUUAUUUUUAUC